UCGACGCUCUCUCUUGGCGGCUCGACGUCGUCCACAGGCGGCGUCCUCGGUCGUGAUAGCUUUUCGGCCGCUUCAUCUAGCGCUGACUUUGGAGCCCCCCAGGCUGCCGAGCCACCCCAGGGAUCGUCAUCCAUGGCACGACGGCUAACAAUUCCUGUGACGACAACAGCAGCUGCAACGCGCUUUCUUUGGCUUUGGCGUCUCGCCGGCCGUCGAGUCCGAGCGCAAACAAGAUCUGCCCAACCUCAGCGCUCCAGCUUCGUCAGGCGUUGUAUCGACAGCAAGGAUGUCUGCACCCGCGACACCGCUCAAGCAGAUUGGCAACAAGCUCAGCGACGCCCGACGAACACGAGAAGCAUCUCCUCAAGUCAAGGCUGCCAUAGCGGCUGCCAAGGCCAAGCGUGCAGAAGAACGUCGACUGGAAGCAACAAACGCGGCAGAUGCACGACCGAUCCCCCCGCCGCAGUCUGGCGAGUCGUGGCUCCUGGUGGACUCUGCGAGCGAUGCUGGGCAUUCCGAGGCCCCAGAGGAAGAUCUACAGCACCUUGGUCUCCUGCCCUUGACUGCUGUCAUUGCCCAAGCAAAGCGAACCUCACGGCUCAACAUAUCGUCGCGCUCUCUGACAAAGAUCCCCAUGAGCGUCUACAGCGAGCUUCUGCCGACGAGCUCGAUAUACUACCCCGAUGAAGCGCGAGACUCGUCGCUGCUGGAGUCACGCUCGACGUGGUCAGAUCCAAUAGAGAUGUCGACUUUCAGAGCGUCAAAUAAUGAAAUCUCCGCACUCGACGCGAACAUUGCGGGCUUUGUAGACCUCGACACGCUCGACCUGCACCAGAACUCGCUUGCGAGCAUACCAAGGGAAGUAGGUCUGCUGAACAAUCUCGUCAAUCUCUCUCUUGCUGGCAAUCGACUGACGACGUUCCCCUUGCCGCUACUGGCGCUCGUCAACCUCGUACAGCUUUCGCUUGCGCAGAACGAGCUGGACGCGCUCUGGCCGACGGACUGGCAACCUGCAUCAGACGAAGCCAUGCGACCACCGCCUGAAGAGGUAGAUUCCGACGAUGAGCCCGAUAGCUCCAAUUCUUCAGAUUUCUGGAGCGCGUUUCCCUCUGCUGCAAAGCCCAAGGCGGCAGAACGCAGCUCGACUGCUUUCUCUCGACUACAGAGGCUCGAUCUGAGCGACAACAGACUAACGACAUGUGCAGUCUUCGGCGAUGAUCUCCUGCCGAGCAGCUUGACGCUGCUAGAGCUCAGUGGAAACCGACUGGGCAAAGCGAUACCCUUGCGCGGCUUGGCGAGACUGGGCCGGCUACAGACGCUCAACUUGGCCAAUGUUGAUCUUGCAGAUCCCCUCGUCGAGUUCGGCGAUACACAGACGAGCGAGGACUGUCUGCCGAUGCUAAGGCAGCUCAACAUUGCGUCAAACUCAUUAGAAACCCUUGGCGAGCUCGAGAGGAUGCUGGCGGGGCGACAUAUAGUGUAUAAAGGCUUACCGGAAGAGAUCGAGAAGCGCAAGUUCAAGAAAGGUCAGCAAGCGCAGCCAGAUUCGGUCGAAGUGAUCGUGACGGGCAAUUACCUUCGCUCGGAGCUAGCUCGCAUCAAGGCCCUCAAAGCGGCAAAUUAGUCCCACGUAUACACACACUCGAGCAGGCCAUGUUUGUUGUAUCAGUCUGCAAUGCUGACAGGUAGAUUGUCGG